AUGGAUUCCGCAAAUGGACAUGGCAAAUGUUUCGUCCACCAACUCGCUCCCAUCGACCACCUAUCACCACGGAUUCAUACUGCUAAACUUAUAUACUUUUGCACAAACGAGAACCCCGAGAAAAUCCUUACCACCCUUCGCGAUGCAUUGGCGAAAUCCAUUUCUGCUUUUCCUAUCAUUGGAGGAAGUGUAGGAUUGAUGAAACAAGCUCCUCAGAUAGGAACACUAGCAGUACAGUCUCCAUUCUUUACGGCAGAAGAGAUCCUUACUAGGAGAGAUUUGAGAGAGACAUAUGAUUACGAGACCAUUCGAAAGGAAGACUUUCCUCCAGAUGCGGUGGAAUUCAAACUCGUUAUCCCCGAAUUGGGUGCAAACCAUUCGAGGGUAUUAUUGGUACAGGCAAACUUUAUACACGGCGGUCUGAUCCUUACUGUAGCCGUUCACCACAAUGUUGUUGAUGAAGCAGGCAUUUUCAUGAUCAUGAAACUAUUAGCAUCGUACUGCCGUGGCGACGAUGGCUCACUUCUCAUCAAGCCCGAAUGGACCGACACAACGCCACUUCUGAACGGGAAAGGAAAUGGUUGCUUGGAGGAUCAUCCUGAAUACAAACUCAGAUCCGCAGAAGAGUCUGCCACACAGGUCGCAACAUACCAAGAGUAUAUUGCUGGAUCAGGCACUGCAUCAGCAAUACUAUUUUUCCCAGACGAAGCUUUGGAGCGAUUGAAAAAGGCAGCAAUGAGAGUCGAAGCAAUGCGAUGGAUCUCAACGAACGAUGCUCUUUGCGCCUUAGUCUGGAGUAGUGCCACCGCCGCGCGAAAGCUAGGUAAAGAUGUGCCGUAUUCGAUGUUUAAUAUGGUAGUAGACGGACGUGCGAGAAUGGAUCCGCCUAUGUCAUCUGAAUACAUUGGGAACGUUGUUUUUGUAACAACACGCUCAAUACUCCCUAUUCCAUCAUUGGACGUUGCCAAUCUCGCAGAUACCGCACUUAAUAUCCGUGAAUCGGUUCUCGCCAUUAACAACGAAUUAAUAAAAGACAAGAUAGCAGCGGUGAUAGGGGUAGAUGAUAUUGGACGUCUGGCACCUAGGGGGUAUUCGAGCCAGGGUCGUCAUCUUGCUUGUACGUCAUGGGCCGGCCAGUUGUAUUAUACGCUGGAUUGGGGUAAGGAGUUAGGCAGGGUGAAGAGAUUGAGGUUUCCGAAGAGAUUGAGUGAUGGAAUAUUUGUUAUUUUCCCUCGUAUUCCUGCCAAUGAUGACGUGGGGCUGGGAGAGGGAGGAAUUGAGAUUCAGAUUGGGUUGGACGAGGAGGGUUUGGAAAGGUUAAGGGAGGACAAAGACUUGAACCAGUAUGUGCAAUGGCGAUGA